AUGACGACUGUGGAGCCCCAACAGACUGAAAAACCGGUUCAGUCGAAAAUCGGGAUAAUCUAUCCUCCACCGGAGGUCCGAAACAUUGUCGAUAAGACCGCCAGUUUCGUUGCUCGGAAUGGACCAGACUUCGAGUCUCGGAUUCGCCAAAACGAGAUCAAUAAUCCAAAGUUCAAUUUUCUCAACCCAGCGGAUCCCUAUCAUGCUUACUACCAGCACAAAGUACGUGAGUUUGCUGAGGGAAAGACAAGUGAACCUGCGGCUUUGAAACUCACAACACCAAGUGCUGCACGUCUUGGUCAAGACACUCCAAAGUCAAUUCAGGAGACUUUUAUUCCAAAGGAACCACCGUCCGAAUUCGAAUUUAUCUAUGACCCACCGUCAAUCAAUGCAAUGGAUAUCGACAUUAUCAAGCUGACAGCACAGUUUGUUGCACGAAAUGGACGGCAAUUUCUAACCCAAUUGAUGAACAGAGAGCAGCGUAACUACCAGUUUGAUUUUCUCAGGGCACAACACAGUAUGUUUGGCUACUUUACGAAGCUGGUUGAGCAAUAUACAAAAAUUUUAAUUCCCCCGAAAGAUAUCGCGGACAAAUUGAGCGAUGAACUGGAACACCCGAAACGUUUGCUUGAUGAUGUGAAGUAUCGGGUUGAAUGGCACAAGUAUCAGGAGCGGCAACGAAAACGCGAGGAAGAGGCGGCCGAAAGGGAGCGAGUUGCUUAUGCCCUCAUUGAUUGGCACGAUUUUGUCGUUGUGGAAACAGUUGACUUCCAACCAAAUGAGGCGGGGAAUUUUCCAGUGCCCACUACACCCGACGAAGUUGGUGCUCGUAUGCUGGCUGAGGAACGAGGUAUGCAGUUGCCUCCUAAAGUUCCCGCUGCUCCACCUCCACCCCCUGGUUCUUUGGGUUUGAUGCCUGCAGACCUGGACGAGGAAGAUGAAGAUGAAGAAGGUGAUGAAGAGAGUGGGGAUGAUGAGAGAUUAUCUGACGCAGAAACUGCAGAUGUUCGAAUGCCAGAGCCGGUGUCCCUGGAAGCCAAACCUGUUUUAAGUGCCGCUCCUGAAACAGUUGAACCUUCACAUGCUAGGCCAGCGCAAUCGCCGUCCCCUCCACCUGCACCAGAAUUCAUGGAGGGGGAAGAUAUGGAGUUGUCAGAGGACGAGGAUCAAGCUCAACCAACUGAGGGUACCUUACCACAGAAGCAACCAGCCAAACAUCUGCCGCCCACAACAGAUCAGGUUAUAAUUCGGCCCGAUUACGAUCCAAAGGCUGUACGGUUAGCGAAACGUGAUGAAUCAGUCUUACUGGUUUCUCCGUUCACGGGAGAGAAAAUUCCUGCACAUCAAGCACCAAAACACAUUCGUGUUGGUCUUCUUGAUCCGAAAUGGGUGGAACAACGUGAUCGUGAGAUUCGUGAGAAAAGGGAACAGGAACAAGUGUAUGCUUCAGGCAGUCUGAUUGACAGCAGCCUGAAACAGUUAGCAGAACGGCGAACCGAUAUUUUCGGUGUGGGUGUGGAUGAAAUCCAAAUAGGUAAGAAGUUGGGUGAGGGGGAAUCGGUCAAAUCGGAUAAGUUGAUUUGGGAUGGACACGCUGCAUCUUCUGAUUUGAUUGUCAAACGAGCGAUGGAAGCUGUAACGGCGAAGGAUAAGCAGGAACUACUCGAAUUCCAAAUGAAGUUGGAUGCCGCACGUGACAAAAUCCACCACCACGGGUUGGUUUGCUGAUGAUGUCGAAUGCACCCCCACCACCUUUGCCACCGUCUAUGUUCCCACUUGGAAUGCCACCACCACCCGGGCAAUGCCAAUCCCCCUCCACCACCACCACCACCGGGUUUGCUGAUGAUGUCGAAUGCACCCCCACCACCUUUGCCACCGUCUAUGUUCCCACCUGGAAUGCCACCACCACCCGGUUUGGCAAUGCCAAGCUUUAUGGCCCCACCUCCAGGCAUGCCACCACCACCUCCACCACCAGCUGUGUCCACUGCUGAUGGAGAACCGGAAGCCAAGCGACCAAGAGAG